UCCAUUCAAAAAAAAACUUUACAAAUUCAAAAUUUGAAAUAAAAAUUCCGUUGACUUGUUUUGACAAACGAAAUAAUUAUUUCUUCGUGAUAAAAAGUGCUAUAAUUUGAUGUUUUCAUUAUUAAUUAAAUAAUUUAAGAUGUCGCGCAUUCCAAAAUACCCAGUGACUGUUAAAGAAAAUCGGCCAGGGUUGUCAAAUACACGAAAUAUGACUAGGACCAUUGGCGGCAGCCUUAGUGAGACGGAUAAAAAGAACUUAUUAUUGAAUCAUACUCGACCAAUGCGGAGUGCUUCGGUUAAUGUUGCUCCAGCUCCUCGUAUCAAGAGAUCAGCUACGGUGCCCUCGACAUCAGUGUCUGAGGUACCAAAUAAAAUAGCUAAAGUGGAAAAAAAAACUACAGCAGUAGCGCCUAGAAUUGCUCCGUACGACUAUAAGGCAAGAUUUAACGACUUGCUAGAGAAACACAAGGCAAUAAAAAAUGAGCUUAGUGAGCUAAAAGAUAAACAUGUUGAAGUGUCUGAUGAGUAUGAAAAGGUUAAGGAAACAGUUGAAGGCAGUAUAGCAGAGAGAGACAUGUUGAAAGAAAAACUAUUGAACACUUUGAAAGAUCUAAGACAGAAAUCAGUUGAAUAUGAAAGCUUGAAAAUUGAUCAUGAAAUUAAAAAACAAGAAAAUGAAGAACUGCUUAGCAAAGCUAACCUUCUGGAAGAUGUCACGAAUAGUUUGAAACUUAAGUCUGUAGAAUUUGACAGACUUAAAAUGGAGUUUGAUGAUUUGUCACGCCGCCAUAAAAGUCUAAGUGAAGAGACUGAAGCAUUGAGAGUUUUAACUGACCACCUUAAAAGAAUAUCUGUGGAACAUGACAAAUUGCAGUUGGACCACAAAGACGCACUUGACAUUAUAAAGAAAACUAAAACUGACUCAGAUGCAUUGCAAAACAUAUUAGCUGCAAUGUACACUGAUCAAAGAGCUUUGAGAAAUACUGUACAAGAUCUGAAAGGAAAUAUUCGUGUGUAUUGCAGGGUACGGCCGCCGCUUGAAUCUGAGGCAUCAAAGCCCCUGUACAAUCUAAAUGUACUUGAUGCUUGUUCUAUAGAAGUGGAAAAGAUUGAACUCCUUAAUUCAGCCCGUAAAGGUAAGUCUCAGCAUUCAUUCACUUUUGAUGGCAUUUUCACUCCACAUUCAACUCAGGAAGAUGUGUUUGCUGAAGUUUCUCAAAUGGUCCAGUCUGCAUUGGAUGGUUAUAAUGUUUGCAUCUUUGCAUAUGGUCAAACUGGUUCUGGUAAGACUUACACAAUGGAAGGUGGUUGCGGAGUUGAACAAUAUGGUAUAAUACCGAGGGCUAUAAACAUGAUUUUUACUUGCAUGGAUGAUCUCAAAAGAAUGGGUUGGGAUCUGACAAUAAAAGCUUCCUUUUUAGAAAUUUACAAUGAAAUAAUAUAUGACUUAUUGAAUUCAUGUAAAGAUCAAGUGAUUCACGAAAUUAAAAUGAUGAAUUCUAAAGGCACUGACUUGUAUGUUUCAAAUUUGAAAGAAGAAGAAGUUAAGAGUUCUCAUGACUUCAUCAGGCUGAUGUUAUUCGCUCAACGUAACAGACAAACUGCAGCUACUAUAAACAACGAGAGAAGCUCCAGGUCUCAUUCAGUUGCACAGAUUAGAAUAACUGCUGUCAAUGAGAAACGUAAGGAAAAGUUUACUAGUAACCUGAAUCUAGUAGAUUUAGCAGGUUCGGAAAGUGGGAAAACAACUCAGAGGAUGGACGAAACAAAACAUAUCAAUCGGUCGCUCUCUGAGCUAGCUAAAGUGAUCUUAUCAUUACAGACCAACCAGAGCCAUAUCCCAUACAGAAAUUCAAAACUUACUCAUCUAUUGAUGCCGAGCCUUGGUGGUAACUCUAAAACCCUUAUGUUGGUGAAUAUCAACCAAUUUGAUGAAUGUUUUGGUGAGACUCUCAACUCCUUGAGGUUUGCCACAAAAGUAAACAGCUGCCGAACUACUAAGGCCAAGAAAAAUUUAACACAAUUAGUUGACUUUUAACUUACUUGAUGUUUAUUUUUAUUGACAUUUAUUAUUAGUUACUACAAUAUAUUUCUUAGCAACACUUAGUUAUACUACUUAAUAUCAAUUUUGUAUUAGGUAUUUCAUAUACAUACUAUUGUAUAAAUAAUAUGACAGUGGUAUAACUAAAUGAUGCAACUAAAUUUUAAUUAGUAAUAGAUAUAAUUAUUAGUUAUGAGUAAUUAUUAUUAAACAUAAUUAUUACUAAAUACGCCACCGAAAUUUUUAGUUUAAUAUUUUUGUAGCAUUAAAACAUAUAUAUGAUUUAUUAAUCUUUACUGAAGCACUUCUUUUCUUAAAAAAUAUAAAUUACCUACACUUUGCUGGACAAGUUUUCGUGAUGUUUUGUUAAAUAAUAAUAAUAAUAAUUAUGAUGAGUGAAAUUGUCUUUCAGUACAAUUUAAUUUUUAAAUAUUAGACAACUAAUCAUGUUAUUUAGAUAAUAUUGGUCAUAUUAUGUUAGGCAAGUUGUAACAUGAGCUUUUGUCACUGUUACUUUAAUGUGGAAUAGUGUAACGUGUAGUGCCAACUGUACACAAGAAAAAUGCAAGAUAGGUGUUUCGUGCGUACAUAGGUAAAGUUAUUAAAUUAGGUUAAGAACCUAAUUUCUUAAAUCAUUUCUUGGGUCACCCAAGGAUUGAUUUAAGAAAUUAGCCACCAAGAUUUGAUGUAAGUUUUCAGCUGGUGCCAAUCUUACAAGUGGCAAGUCAGCGCAUUUACCCCCAAAGGAAAUUUGUUCACAAAAUGUAUAUGAGUGGUAAAUCUCAUAGACAAUUUAAAGAAAAUAGAACCUAAAUUGCAUUUUUUUCAUCUCUAAUAAUUAUUUCCUGUUGAGAUGCCUAUUUAUUUUAAAUAUUACAAUAUAAAAUUCAAUUAAAUCCAUAUUCUGUCACCUUGCGUCUCAUAUAAUUUCAAUGCAGUUUAGACUUAAUAUUAUAAUAAGUUUUUAUCUACUAGUUUUUAUAUGUACUGACCUCCACUAAUACAAGUACGCUGGACCUGUAAUUGUUGACCUAUUCUUAAGGCGCAUUAAACGGCUCUAACGGCGAAAUUCAAAAAUUUGGUUUUUCGCAAUUUGUAAACUAAUACGACAAAGCAGGCAAAUUGCAAAAAACCAAAUUAGGACUAGUAGGACGCUUCGAGUCUGCACAAAAUAUAACAGUGGUUUUGUAUAACAUAAACACACCUCUUCCAGCGUACUUGUAUAAGUCAAUUUCAGUGUUAAUAAACUUAAACCUAAUUGACUUAAAAUGUCUGUGAAUUACUUUUUUAAUGUGUAAAAUACUUUAAAAUAUAUAAUUUUCUCAAUAUAUAGGACUUCCUUAUAAAAUGCUCGUAUUUCAUUCAUCUAUUAUCUUAAAAAUCGUGAGAUAACAGUAUAUAACGUAAAAAAUGCCACAGCUUGAGAC